UACCUUUGUCCUACUACUUAGCAUUUCAAUAUAUAUUGGGUGCCAUUAAAUCAUCACUAUACAGAGGUUGUAAAAAGAAUAUCAUGGGGUACAAAACUCUGUGCUUUGGACUGACUUGUAUUCUCUUUGCUUAUUUUAUUUAUGUACCAAUACCAGAAAAUGUUGAUGAACCGUGGAAAGUAAGGAUCGUGGAUGCUGUUGUAAAAACAACUUCACUUACGGCUAUGUUAUUCGAAAAUAUAGGUCUUAUGGGAUAUGAAAAAUUGUUUUCCACAUUAGUAAAACUGGACUACACACAGCCAAUUUCAGAUGAAAACGUUACAGUGAUGGAUACAACCUUUACUGAUAUUCCAGUACGUCUGUACUUGCCAAAGAGGAAGUCAGAAAGACAGAGGCCAGCUGUAAUUUUUAUCCAUGGUGGUGCCUUUGUUUUGGGAAGCUGUAGGCAGUCACCAUUGGACCUCCUGAACAGAUUGACGGCAAACAAACUUGAUGCUGUUGUUGUGGGAGUGGACUACAGACUAGCUCCUCAAUAUCAGUUUCCUACUCCCUAUGAAGAUGUCAUUUCUGUGGUCAAAUUCUUUCUAGAGGAUAAAACUCUUGCAGAAUAUGGAGUGGAUCCCACCCGAAUCUGUAUUUCAGGUGAUAGUUCUGGGGGUACACUGGCAGCAGGAGUGGUUCAACAGAUACAAAAUGAUCCAGAAUUCAAAAAUAAAUUUAAGGCACAAGCUUUAAUUUACCCUGGUUUACAGCUAGUUGAUAUCUCUAUGCCAUCUCACCAAGAAUAUGAGCAUGGACCAGUUCUAUCAAGGAACAUGGCAAUUGAACUCGGAUGCCUCUAUUUGACCAACGAUAAAGCACUGACCCAGGCAAUGAGAAAAAACCAACACAUGCCUCAUGGAUCAGGACAUCUGUUCAAGUUGGUUAACUGGAGUACCUUCCUUCCUGAGAAAUACAGAAAGCAGCAUGUAUAUACUGAACCAGUUUUGGGGAGACUUAACACUUCGUUUUCAAUACUUUUGGAUAAUAGGUUAUCACCUUUGGCAACCAAUGAUUCCCAGUUACAAAAUUUGCCAUUAACUUAUGUUGUCACCUGUCAACAUGAUAUCCUAAGAGAUGAUGGACUUAUAUAUGUCUCACGACUUCGAAAUGCCGGAGUUAAAGUUUCUCAUGACCAUAUGGAGGAUGGAGUCCAUGGAGCUUUAUCAUUCAUGACAUUACCAGUUUAUUUACGACUAGGUAUUAGAAUAAAAGAUAAGUAUAUUAAUUGGCUAGAAGAAAAUCUAUAA